GAGAUCCUUCUUCGGCGUCAGCAACUUGGCCUUCGCUCGGACAAGAAGGCGGCGAACCGAGAGGCCAAGGCCAACGGUAAGAAGAAGGGGCUGUUGAGGGCCAAGUCCGGGCUGAAGAAGAAGACUAAGAAGUCUCGGGGUGCGAGCAUCAAAGUGUGGCCGGCCAAUCGUCGGGAUGAGUGGGAUGAAGGGAUGCCGGGCCGCUGGUAUGCGGACGAGUGGGGAAACGAUUGGUAUGAUGAAGAGGGCGAGCCCGGGUACUAUUGGGACGACACUGGUUGCUAUGAGUACGCAGGGGACUGGAGGGUGAAUGAGGACGGCCUCGCUGAGCCUGUGCUGAGCCGCAGGAAGCGGGGGAAGCAGGCUGAGAAGGCCUCUUCGAGCAAAGGCCCCGAGAAGCCGAAGGACAAAGCCAAGCCAAAAUCCAAGGCCAAGGCCAAGGCCAAAGCGAAGGCGAAGCUUUCGCGAACGGCCACGGCUGCGGCUCAGGGUGCAGCAGAUGAUGAAAAGGUGAAGCCGAGCCGCAAGAAGACGAAGGCAAAGAAGGAGAUUGCAGCUGACGCCGCAACCGCCACAGGCGCCGCAGCAAGCACGCCGAAGGUCCGAAAGAACUUGGAUGACAUUGACCCCGUGCGAGACUGGGUCAGCCAAAUCGACUAUGACACUGAGGACUUCAUGGCUUUCAAGACACAGGUGAGAGCCUUCUUGCCCACCUUGAAAGGCAGCACCCGUCUGAACAUCUACUGGACAAGGUUCUCCUGUGGUGUCACAUUGCACUACCAGACGGAGGACGGUAGCAAUGCUAAGUCGGAUGUGGGCUUCUUCAGCUUCUCGAAGUGUAACGCGGGGCUGUGCCAUGCAGCUGAGCAGCUGGAUUCUUUGGCCAUCACUGACACCGAGGAUGAGCUGAUCCUGGAAAUCAAGGAGAAGUGGAAGGCAGCAGGCCAUGCUGCAUGGGCUCAGUUUAAUGCUGAUGCCUAG